AUGUCACUUUCAGCGAAUGUCGCCGCCGAUAGUCUUCCGUUCUUGCAGUAUGCACCGCUUAACUGCGAGAGAUCAAUCCACAUUGUCAUUUUGAGUCCAUCAAUCGAGUUGGACGAUCCAAUUCAAUGCGCUUUGAGAGAGGUACGACUAGGAAGCUCAUCGCAGGAGACAACACCAUACGAAGCGCUCUCGUACGUCUGGGGCGGGAGACGUGGCGAGCACCCGAUACGGUGCAACGGUUGCCGUGUUGACGUCACGAAGAACUGUUUAGAGGCUUUGCGUCAUUUGCGGUAUUCCGAUCGAGAACGUUUGCUCUGGAUUGAUGCAAUCUGUAUCGACCAGUCCAGUAUCCCGGAGAAAAACGUCCAGGUGGCUUUGAUGGGAGAUGUGUACAGAUUCGCCGCGCGUACAGUUGUUUGGAUUGGUACGGAUGAGUCACCCGGUAACUUACUGCUCUCAUUGUUUCGACGAUGUAGAUGGGUGGGACUCUUGCUGAGAGCUUCGCCGGAGGCAAAGCGUUCGACACCGCGACCCGUGAGGGCCGCACAUGCCGUGCUUGCUCUUGGAGCUGAGACUUAUACGAACGCAGUUCCAAGCAGAAACGUCUUAAAAGCCAUCGAGCUUCUGAUCAAGGUCCCUUGGUUUACAAGGACAUGGACGCUGCAAGAACUAUGCUUAUCUGAGCAUGUGGUUGUCACGCUAGGAAAAUCUUCCCUUUCUUGGGAAUCUUUGAAUGCGUGUCUAAAGCACUGGAUUACUCUCGCGGGUCGCAAGUUUGGCCACCGAACAAACGAGUUUGAUUUAGUCAAUCUCGCAGACAGCUUCGGGAUGAAAAUGAAUUAUCGCUCAGUCUUACUCGGAGAGAAGCAGGAAAACUCGAAUAUCCCAAAGCUGACCUCUGCAUAUCUCGCAACCCGGUUGAUAAAGACGAUCAGAAGGAGAAAUGCAAUGGACAAACGCGACCAGAGCUUUUCACUCUAUAACCUUCUCGGAAGGCUCGGUAUCAGCGUGCCGAAUCCGGAUUACACGAAACCCGUCACCAGAGUAUAUGAGGACCUCGCAUUGGCCCUCUGCCUUCAUUCGGGUUCAUUUUGGGUUUUGCAUAUGGGGUCUAGCGAAGACAAAGUAGACGGACUGCCAUCAUGGGUUCCAGACUUCAGCCAAUUCAGCCCUGGAGGUUUUAAAGAUCAGUGGGACCUGCUUUCGAACCCUACACCGAUCAUUGCUGAAGAGGUUUCGGCAAUUGGCCUCUUACAAAGCAGACGCAACACCGGACAAUUAUUAAUCAGGGCUCGACGCCUGCCGCCUGUGACAAUGAUUAGCGGAUCCCAUGUACCAAACGCACGAUACCUUUCAACGACGGUGAAUUAUGGCGAAGAUAUCAAAGAUCUAGUCCUACCCGCAGUAGCUCAAUGGUUUCUCUUUGCUGAGAGCCUAGAAUUCUUUCCGUCUCGAAGACGUGGUGCUGAAGCCUUACUUGCUCUCAUCGCGAGUCUAGCAACCAGAAAGACAAGCGACGAUGAAUUCAAACCCAAGGCGGAUAUCACACAGACUUGGUGGGCAAACUUCUACAAGGGACUCAUGAUGGGUUUCACUGCCGAAGGACACCGGUCGACAAAAAAACUAGUCAAAUCCGCUUCUCGGCGUGGACGAUGCGUGAGCGUGCAUGGAGGCUGCGAGAGACCGAAUGCACAGUCCAUUGGCUGGUCAAUGAUGAACGAGAAUAUGACAGACAUUGACACCACGUCUAGCGUCCUGCUGGCUUGUCAGGGCCUGAGCCUUUGCCUGGUUGGCCAGGGCAUGCUGGCAGUGUGCGACGGCCCAGUCCAAACCGGUGACGUGCCGGUGUUCGGGGCCGGGUUAAUGGAAGAGCUGAUUCUCCGACCACGAGGCGAGGAGUUUGAAGUGGUCGGAACUGCUCGUAUCCUGAACUUCGAGGAUGACGAAAUCCCAAAGCCGUUUUCUGGGUUGGACGAUGACAGGUUGGAGACUUUGACUUUAGUCUAG